UGUUGAGCUGAGAUCAGUGAGGACUGACCGUUGCAGUAAGAGAAGGGAGCAGCACUGGCAGCUAUUCGCAACUCACUGAAUCCCUGAACUUCUGAUUCCGGACAUCAACCGAAUUUUUUUUGAGCAAAGUUACUUAAGCUUUUUUGAGAUUGGCAUUGAUUGAUUCUGUAGCCUACUCAAGCGACAUUCUGAAGUCACUGUCUUUUCUUUAUCAAGACACAGAAAGCAUUUUCAGAUCGUUUGUGGUAGUUUUUCACUGAUAAUUUAGACAGUUUGUCUAAAACCACAAAACUGCCAGUUCGCUUCUGGUUGAGUUUAUUCUACCUCUUAUGGUAACAGUAUAAACCGCAGUAGAAACGUUCUCUAGUUCCAAUAUUUCCAUUGACUUGUUUUUAGUCGGAAAUUGCAUUUAAGAUGAUGAUCAUUAUCGCUGAAUUCUUCGUGGUCAUAUUGAAGGUGCUCUGGGCUUUUCUAGCGGCUGGGGCGAAAUGGGUCGUGCGUCCAAAGGAAAAGAGUGUCACAGGACAGGUGUGCGUGAUCACCGGGGCUGGAAGUGGCCUCGGGCGGCUCUUCGCUAAGGAGUUUGCUCGUAGACGGGCAGUUCUGGUGCUAUGGGACAUUAACAGCGAAAGCAACGAAGAGACUGCAGAGAUGGUGCGGCAGAUUUACCGUGAGCUGGACAGCCCGAUGUCCAAAGAUGGAACUGUCGGAGGGGUAGAAGAGGUGCCCCCUCUCCAGCCCCAGGUCUACACAUAUGUGUGUGACGUGGGAAAACGCGAGAAUGUGUACUCCACCGCAUUGAAGGUGCGCCAAGAGGUAGGAGACGUGGACAUUCUGAUCAACAACGCCGGCACUGUCUCUGGUCAUCACCUCCUGGAGUGUCCGGAUGAGCUCAUAGAACGCACUAUGGUUGUAAACUGCCAUGCACACUUCUGGACCACCAAGGCUUUUCUUCCCAAGAUGCUGGAGCGAAAUCAUGGCCACAUUGUGACGGUUGCCAGCUCUCUGGGCUUAUUCAGCACAGCUGGAGUGGAGGACUACUGCGCCAGUAAGUUUGGUGCCAUCGGGUUCCACGAGUCUCUGAGCCAUGAGAUCAAGGCGUCUGACAAAGAGGGCAUCAACAUGACCCUGGUGUGCCCAUACCUGGUCGACACGGGCAUGUUCAAAGGCUGCAGGAUAAGAAAGGAGAUUGAGCCCUUCCUUCCCCCCCUGAGGCCUGAGUUCUGUGUGAAACAGUGCAUGAGGGCCAUCCUGACCGACCAGCCCAUGAUCUGCACGCCUCGCAUCGUUUACAUGGUCAACUUCAUGAAAAGCAUCCUGCCUUUCGAGGCCAUCGUGUGCAUGUACCGGUUCCUUGGGGCCGACAAGUGCAUGUAUCCCUUCCUGGCCCAGAGGAAGGAGGCCAUGAACAACAACGAGGCCAAGAAUGGGAUCUAGGGGGCGCUGUUUCCACCAUACGCAGGGGCAUAUAGCCUAAGAGUACAAGGAUACGACCACUGGGGAUGCAUUAGGAAGGAAGAAGAGAAUGGAAAAAAAGACUGAAUCUAGACUGGUGCACUUGCAUUGAGCGGAUGCAAAGGUUUACCAUAUUGUUCCUCUGGAACAAGGAAAGCUGUGUAGUACACAAAGGAUGUAAUUGUAUUUGUGUUUUUUUUUUUUUUUUUUUUUUUUAAGGAUUGUUUAGAGAUACCAAUCAUCAAUAUACUGUGUCAAUAGUUUUGAAAUCAUAUGAAAAAGGUAUUCAGUAAUUAACUAUUUACGUAAUGUAGUCACCAGCCUUAUCUAGUGUCUUUGUGGAAAUAUACAGUAUGUUACUGUACAAACAGUAAAAUCUUGUCACUUUUUAUUUGAAUUUUUUUGUAGACAUGCACUGUAAUUACUGACUUUCUCUACACUGCCAACUCUGUGUAGAUACGGUUUAACUUGGCAUUUCACUACCCAGAAUCCCCUGAGGCACAGUCCAACCAAUCAGAAUGGUCUAAAUUGUUAUCUACGUUUGCUGAUGUGUCUACUGAAAGGUCAUUGAGUUCACUGUCAACUGAAGAGAUUCCAUCCAUUUAUAAUCCGUUUCCAUGUACACCAUUUGUUUACAACAUUGUUUUCUUUUUAAAUGCCUUAUGUUAACAUGAUUUCUUUGGUUAGCAUAAAAUUGAUCUCUUCUUGUUUAGACACACGUGAACACACUUUCCAGCUCAAACUAACAGCUACCUUUUGGCUUAUCCAGUUGGGUGGCUCUUUCCAGACAUGCAAUUCUGUCAUGUGGAAGUACUCAUGUAACUGUUCAGAAGACCCAUCCCCCAACUCUAAACCUUAAUUAAGUUGCCCUAAUCUAAUUGAAGCGAUGAACUACAUUGUGCUACUCUGCUGUCUAGAGGGCAUGUAUUGAUAAUCAGCUGAAGAGAGCGCUGAAAGAUCUUGUCAUUGAUGUGCAAAUUCUGACCAGCGAUUGAUUGGUUUGGGGGAAAAAAUAAAGUAAAAAAGAAUAUUGGCAAAAUCUUAUCGUUUAAAUCAUUAUUUCAUUUCUAAGACAACUAAAACCCAGUGUUUGGGACCUGACAUCCAACAGCCAGAGAUGUCUUUGAGGGAACUGUAAACAUAUAAAACAGUAGUGAUGCUCUUAUUUAGUGUAGUCUGUUGUCCAUCUUGUUAAGUGUGAGAUGUAAACGUUUUAACUGUUGUACUCCCACUAAGGACAUUGCUGUCUCCACUGUAAUUGAUGUUUGGAUAUUUUAUAAAAGUUUUUGAAUUUCAACUACAUUCCAACAGGUCUCAUUUCUCCAGUCACAGCGAUGAGCCUAAAUUCUCUACCUCUCUUUUUUUUUUUUGCCAUUCGUUGACAGUAUAACAUACGCCUCUUUUUGUAAUAUUUCUGAAGACUGCUCUUUAGUCGAGCAAAUGUGGUUCUGAUGUUUAGUGUCUUUACCUAACUUAAAUUAAUAAAGUGAUUUAGAUUAUUA